AUGGAUAGAGAAUAUAUCUCGGGUUUGGUGCAUCGUCUCAAUGAUGUCGAGCUGGCGGUUUUAUUAUGCUUGGUUGCGGACAAGCAUUGCAUCCUGAGCACUGAGGGACAAUGUUUACACCUGCUACAAAGACAGCUAGAGCUGGCCGCGAUAAGUGUGUUUGGCCUUUCGACAACAGUGGUUCACUGCGCUCCGGAGACCAGCUUGGACGAUUUCGCAGAGGCCCUUCUGUUGCCGGAUGAGACCAGAGCGCGGUCGACCUCGUUCAGGGCAUCGCCAGUUCUAUCCCGCGAGGAAUCUUAUUAUGGAUAUCGAUCGCGCUCAAACACCCUGCGGAGUCAAUCACAAGGCACACAGGAAGAGUUUAUGAAUGGACGAAAGAUUGCGAAUAUAGUUAUCGCAAGGGACUUAGAUUUAGCAAAUCCCCAAGUACAAGCUCAAGCGUUAGAGCUUAUGAGGACAAGGCAAUUCUCAACACGUAAAGGCGCUUUUGAAGUCCCGGAGAGAUUUUUAUUCAUCGCUAUGCUAGUAAAAUCUAGUGAACCUCCAACUUUAACAAAUCAUUUGCGUGACCAUUUCUUUAUCUCGCACUACCACCCUUCGGAAGAAGGAUUUCCGGAAGAUGUGGAGAGGGAGGUAGCAGAAGCAGAAAUGGAAGUGGAAAGAUCAGACAGCGACUCCCUGGCUUCAGUUGUUAUACGCAAACUCUCUACGACACCGCCGUUACGCCGAGAUUCGAGAUUUCCCCCAUCUGGAAAUGGUGUUUUGGUUUCUGCGGCUGUAAUGGAGAGCCUCAAAGCAAUGGCAGAAGACGUUACUGUUAGUAUAGAGAUUAAGAGGCAUAUCAUUGAUAUCGUCGUCUUUAUAAGAAAUCACAGAGCCGUUGCAGGAGGCGUAUCGGCAAGAGCAACCAAGGAUUUUGAGUUGCUUGUCAGAUGUCUUUCGCCACUGCAUGGCUUGGAUUUCGCAACGCCGUCGCUGAAGCCAGAGGGCGAGAAAAGCAGUCUCUGGGGCAGUAAAGCAGAGGCGAUAGAGGCGUACUUAAAACACAUUGACGUGGAAGGUGUUCUGGAUGAAGUGGCUACAAGUGUUAGAGUACCAGUAUAA